GAUAGUCAAUCCCAGGGACCCUCGCUAGCAAUCCAAUCGAAGCCAUCAACCUCGAGAGGCAGUUCGAUUCGACCGAUCUCGCGCGCCGAGGAGGAGGGAGCGACGAAGAAGAUCUUCGGGGCCAAGAAGAGCCAGGACCCGCCGCCGUCCAUCCAGGACGCCACCGACCGGAUAUACAAGCGGGGGGACACGGUGUACGAGAAGAUCAAGAAGCUAGACGCGGAGCUGGCGCGCUACAAGGAGCAGAUCAAGAAGACCAGGCCUGGACCCGCGCAGGAGGCCGUCAAGGCGCGCGCCAUGAGGAUCCUCAACCAGCGCAAGAUGGACUUGCUAAGCAAUCUUAUGUGGGGCACAAUACUGGUGUCGUUCGGAAGUCUAACUCACCUGCGGCAAAACGGCAGCAGUGCCAUGAAGCAGCUCUGUUUCUUGUUCUCUACUCUACUUUGAACUGAACUUAUUUCAGUUAGUAACUGUAUACUAAAUUUGAGAGUAUGGGUGCUUGCUUGUGAAUUGUGAUGUUCCCAUCACAUUAGAUUAGGUUAAUUACAUCCACAAGUAUAGUAGCUUCUGUCCAAGUGCUCUUCAUCUUGUGUGUCAUCUGCAAGGCAAUCAAGUUAAUUAGAUGUUGUUCUUUUCAUGUUCUGCUUCAUACAUACAUGCAUAUGUGAUUAACCUAAAGGAAAUACUAUCUAUGCACUAAAUCUGAAAAGGAAAUGUUGACUGUUGUUGUGUUGGUAUUGAUGACUCUAAGUGGCAACUAUUCUGAAUUAUUUUGAGAACUUAUAACAUGAUCUUGGACCCCUAAUGGAUGAUCGAUGCAUAAUUCUUUUAUAUGUUGCAUGAUGUGUGUGUUCCUUUUUUCUUGUAUUAUUAUUCUGAGAACUGUCUGAUUCUCCGAAGCACUGAAUAUGUAUUGCCAUCUUUUAUGUUUGACAGUAAUCAGUGUGAAAGGUUGAUCUUCAAACAGGAAAAGUACCAAGCAACCAUUGCCUCAGUCUUCUGUUUGUAGAUUUCCAAACUAUUGCUGAAACCUUUACCUGCUAGUCAAAAUUGGUGUAGCAAAUUUUCAUUAGCACUAGUAAACGGUGGUAUCACAUCUCUGAUAUUAUGUUGAUGCUGAUGUGCUAUUUAUAGCUACAGUUUGACACUAUUAAUUAGGCUUGCUGGACAUGUAUGUCUUCUUGCACAGAUAAAAUAUCAUAGUGUUAGUCAAGUAUUUGCACAGAUAUGUCUUCUUGCGCCACAUCACUUGAUCCUGGAUAGAAGAAUUUGGUGUUGGUUGCACCUUUCUUCGAUAAUCUGACCUGGUGUAAUUUUCCAGUAACUGAUCUCGUGUACCCAAGUCUAGUACAUAUCUUUUAUAUUUGCUGGCUUGCAUGUUUGCUGAAGCGUACUAUGCUUGCUAAGACCAGGUUUCUGUUCCUUUUGGUAUUACUUGAUCUUUUUUGACAAUCUAACUAGAUGAUUGUUUCCAGCCUUUGAACUCCUAGGAGAUUUUAACACAAAUUGUAACAGAUGCUGCCCUGCUAAAGGAGGAUGAGGAUGAGGGGCGCACCUAGCCGUCGGCCCUGCUCUGCUCGAGGAGGAGGGGCAUGAGAGGCCUUCUCCUCUGCCCCUAGUGCGACCAAGAGGUCCUGCCCGAGAUCAAGCACGGCCACGACGACCCACCACGGCAGGUGAAGGUUUUCAAAUGUUGAAGGAGGAGCACAAUAGGAACUUCUGUGUCUUGUCAUCUAUUUUCUUUUCUUUGUUGUAGAAUAGUUUUGUUUGGCACUUACUGGUUCCUUGGAUGUAAAGAUAUGUACUGCUAGAAUGAAUGCAUGUAAAGAUAUUUUGGGUUCCUAUAAUAUUCCAUGUUGCUUUGAAAAUGUAUCGGAACUGGGCUAGGCCCAAGAUAGCUUGUAUUGUGAUGUGUUGUAAUGUCAAUGACAUAAUAAAAAGAGUUGGAUUAGAUCAA